AUUUAGAUUCAAAAAUCAACGGACUUGUUUGGGUUUUAUAUAACCUUUUUCAUUUUUUUUCAGAUAAAUCCGAAACGUUCAACAACUACACAAAUAUAGCGGUAAAUAAACCUACUUAUCAAUUUGGCCCUGGUUUAUCUGGAAAGGCCGUAGAUGGCAAUACAGACGGGAGUUGGUAUGGUGGAUCGUGUUUUGCUGCUGUAGGAAAUACAAACGAGCGGCCUUGGUGGAUCGUUGAUUUGGGAAAGUCAUAUAAAGUGCACAGGAUAGUCAUAUGGAAUCGCUUAGAUUGCUGCGGUGAUCGACUCCACGACUUCGCUAUUGACAUUGGUUGUGAAUUUGACGGAGUAAACGCUGAUAGCCCAUCCUGGUCUAGGGCAUAUUUUCACUCGGGGACGCCUGGAAGCAAUCCGACAACAAUUUCAUUCCCACAACCCCCCGUUGGAAGAUUCAUCAAGAUAACGAAUGCAGUUGAAAACAACUCUGCAGAUCCAAGUGAUGACACUUUGACCAUGUGUGAACUCCAAGUUUAUGCCGGUAAUGCUGACUGUCAGUGUGAAAAUGGCAUAUAAUGCCUAUACGUAUUAUACGAGCUAACGUAUACACUGCAUUGGGGAAGAAUAGUGUCGCCGAAGAUUUAUUCUAAAAUAGUAAGCCUAGACCUAAGUAAUUAUCCAUGGCUACAUUUACGGACAUUCCUCAUAAUCACUACUUAGUUGAAUUUACAUCAUUUAUCCUCUUUAUAUUUGAUGUUGAGGCUAUAUGCUUCUUGUGGGCAUUGACAUAUGCCUAUUUAUAAAUCCCACAUUGCAAGACACAAAUGAGUUUUUUACGUAGCACAAGUGUUUUACACCAGAAAGCCUUUUUAAAAAAAGUUAUUGAGUUUUACGUCACACGUUUUUUACACCAAAAUGUAUUUUUGCAAAAUGUUGUUUUCUUCAUUAGUCAUCUAUUUGUCAAACUUAGUUGUUUUUAGGCAGCGUUGCUAAAACUGACAAAAACAAGU